GAAACGGGAAGCUAAAAAAAAAAAAAAAAAAUCUUGUCAACUGAAGUGGCUAAGCUUCUGCCUCACAUUUGUCGUGUUCUUCAAGCUAACGUUACGGUUAUAAAACUGGUCGCUAUCGAACAAGCAGGAUGGGGUGCUUCUUUUCGAAGAAAUCCAAAAGAAAGUCGUCGGAAAAAGAGGAUCGUACGCCGACAACAACGACUGUCGAAACUACGACAAGUAACGCGGUUCCCCUUGGCAACAACACCGACGAGGCUCCGAAACAAUACAGUUGGGAUAAGAGAGAAAAGGUUGACCCCAAAGACUACAUGCUAACAGGGCUCAAAGACGUCACGGUGGGUCGUCUGCCUGGAAAACUCAACGGGCAACAGUUUGUCAUCCAGGAGUGUGAGAACUGCAACAUCUAUGUGUUUGACCACUCGGCGACCAUCACCAUCGACGACUGUGUCAACUGCCGCAUCUUUCUAGGACCUGUCAAAGGCAGUGUGUUUUUCAGAGACUGCAAAGACAUCAAGUGCGUGGUGGCCUGUCAGCAGUUUCGCACGCGAGACUGUAAAAAGAUGGAGGUGUUCUUGUGCUGCGCCACUCAGCCCAUCAUCGAGUCGUCUACAGGUAUGAAGUUCGGCUGCUUCCAGUACUACUACCCCGAGCUGGCCUUCCACUUCAAAGAUGCCGGACUCAGCAUAUUCAACAACAACUGGAGCAACAUCCAUGACUUCACGCCGGUGUCCGGAGAGAACAACUGGAGCUUGUUGCCAGAGGCUUCAGCUGUUCUAGAUUUUGUUCCGACGCCAGACCCGGAGUCUGACUUCAAGUCGGUUCGAAUCUCCACUGAAGCUGCACGGAGCAUUGUGCCUUUGACAAAAGGAGGGAGGCGUAAGGACAGCGAGGAGUCCUGCCUCUUUGUUUUCUUCGCUGGAGAGUACACGACUGCAAAUGCCCGGAAACUGAUUGAUGAGGCAACUGCUAAAGGUUUUGUGCUGAUUCAAACAAAGGAAGUCUCAAUGCGACCUGAAGAUGUGAAGAGAGUGUUUCAGAACAGUGCAGAUGAUCUUGUGGAGUGGAUUACUAAAGGUCCUGUCAUUGCCCUCGAGCUGAACGGAGACGGAGUUGUGGAAGCCUGCAAGAACAUUGCCAGUGAAAUCUUCAAUGGGACCAAGGUUUUUGUCUCUGAUAACAAAAACACAUCCUCACGGGACGUGGACAACUUCUUCAACUUCGCUGACAUGCAGAUGGGCUUGUAAUCGGUUUGAUAUCAAAGCAAACUGCCUGAAUUGAUUGAGAUUUUUCUCCCCCUCCUGCCGUCCACCCUGGGCUGAGUAUGAUCAAUAACUAUUUGCCUCUUUACGUCCUUAAAAAGAAGGUAGGAAUGGAAAAUGUUAAGGACUGUGUUUGACAAAGCUUUGGAUAGAGCAACUCACUUCCAGCAGUCCACCCCUUAUCAUUCAGAACCAUUUGCUGUAAACCACUGAUCCAUUUAGUCGCUGAGUGCUGUGAAUAUUUAUAUUUCUAUGAAUGUAUUUGGUAAUUCUGUUGCUUUUAUCCAUUGUGAAUGUAGCUCCUUGCUGUAAAUGUAAUUUCAUUUUUAUUUAAAGUGUUUCAUUACUGUCUGAAAACAGUCAUAGCAGUGAAAAAAACAAGCACAGAAAUGCCUGAGGGAAAAUGUUUUAUAUAUAAAAAGUGUAUUUUUUAUUUCCAAUGAGGAUUUGUCUGUGUCUGUAGUUUAGAUAAUGGAAUUUUAUAAUGUGUACAUUUGGAAAAUGCUGUGUAGGAGGAUAUCAGGUAGGCCAAAGCUGGUUUGUGAAAGGUUGCGUGUAACUUGCUGUUAAGCUGUUUACACAAAAUUGUGUACAAUGGUAGGUUUUUUGAUGAAGGCACCUUAUGUGAUCUUUUUUUUCUUUUUAAUUUUGUACUAUUGUUUUAUAAUCUCUACUGAAUGUUUUUUUGUAUAGGAGCAAAAUAAUAUCCUUCAUUAUGAUUUCUAGUAAAAGUGUCAUUAUGUUUGAUAUCAUUUUGUACUCUACAAAUAAGAUGACUGAAAGAAAGCUGCAUGAAAAUUGUUGUAGUCUGACAAACUUGAGCCAACAACCGUUUCACAAUGUAGUAAAUGAUCUGUCCUUAGUUACUAUAGUUGCCAUUAUCACCACCAUCAGCACAAACACUUGGUUUUACAGCUGACAUUUGCAAAUAAUGAGAAUAUAUGAAAUGACAAACAGGCGUCAGGGUUAAGGGAAGCACUUUGGUUCCUCUUUGUAACUUGAUCAACUUGUCCUUCUUUUGUAAAGAGCUUCUGAAGUUCACUUUGAGUUAUUUUUAAACCAGCGGGAAAUGCAGACCUGCCUGUCUGACCAAUAAUUUGUCUUUCAUAGGUGAGUCAUGGACAUCACUUAUCAAAUCAGCAAAUGGUUAUUCUUGGUGUUAGAGACCCACAUUGCUUAAUUGUUAGUGAUUAAAGCCAUUUUUCUAAUGGGAAGACACUCAUUCAAGCAUUUCUCAGCAGAGUGAAUCAUGGAGAGUUUAUUUAAAAUGUGCUGUCUCCCUCAGUGAAUCACAGUUUGCAGCUUUCCUUUCAGUUAAUUCACUUCCACCUCCUUAAACAGCAUCAUUCUGGUUAUUAGUAACUGUUCCAGUCAGUGGCUAACAGCUUGACUUCAUGCCAUUUUUGCCUAUAAUUUACUCAUCUAUCUGUAAUAAAAUGUGUACAGGUUUUGUUGAAGUUAAAUUAGGGCUGAACAAUGAAUCAAUGCAAUUAGCAAAUCACAAAAGGCUGCCAUUUAGGAUGCAUGAAGUGUGACUAUUUAAUAAUGAGACUAAUCCUGUAAUUUAAUUUUAUUAACUGAACAGAUUGAAGCUUUCAGAUGUUGUUUAUACCCAUUAAUCAAUGUAAACUACACGGUUCAGGCAUGCAAGUCUCAUUAUUUCAUAGACGCCUAUUUUGCAGCACAUGUGAUCUAAGGUUUUAACUGUCUUGACAGAGAUUUUACAAAUUCACGUCGUCCCUGUUGUGUCAUAGUUACACUUUUAACGGUGUCUCACGUGGUAUAAUGCUCCAUAACAUGCUUUAAAUCUGUUACACAGUAAAUAAUGAGCCAAAUCUUGACCUUACAAAACUUCUAUCACAAAUCAAAUUGCAGUAUCUGUUAGGAAAAAAUAGAUGUUUUCUUCAAGUCUUUCAGCCCUAAGCGACAUUAAGUCUACUAAAUCAAACAGUUUUGUACAGUUGCCUUUGAGAAUAAAACACAUAGGGACUUCAUGUGAUGUACUUUUGUAUGGUAAAACUUUUGUACUUAAGCAUACAGUUUUGUAGAGCGUUGUGUCUUUAUGAUGCACAAUUGUCAGUGAUUUGUCGUUUCCAUACUUAAAUGAUAGCCUGUCUUUAUAAAUUGGCAGAGUCACAAUAAAAGCCGUAGAAGAUCA